UUUUCGCAUAAUACAUCCAUCCUCUGUUUCUUCCAUUACAUUGCUGUAAUUGUUAUUGUUAUUAUUCUCGUUAUUGUUAUUGUUCUCGUUAUUAUGGGUCGUGUUAAACUUCAGAUAAAAAGGAUUGAGAACACUACCAAUCGUCAAGUUACCUUCUCCAAACGAAGAAAUGGACUCAUCAAGAAGGCUUAUGAACUGUCUAUUUUAUGUGACAUUGAUAUUGCCCUUAUUAUGUUCUCCCCUUCCGGCCGUCUGAGCCAUUUUUCUGGUAGAAAAAGAAUUGAGGAUGUAUUAAUGCGUUACAUUAAUCUCCCAGACCAUGACAGGGGAAACUUCGUUCAUAAUAAAGAGUACUUACUCAGCACUCUCAAAAAGCUCAAGACGGAAAAUGACAUUGCUCUUCAACUUGCCAACCCAGGAGCAUGUAACUCAAACUUGGAGGAUCUUCAGCAAGAAGUGAAUAACUUGCAACACCAGCUUCAGAUGGCUGAGGAUCAAUUAAGGAUUUAUGAACCGGAUCCAAUGGGCUUCACAUCAAUGGGAGAGCUUGAAUCGUGUGAGAAGAACCUCAUGGAUGCUUUAUCACACGUCUCUCAACGAAAGAAAUACUUGUUGAGCAAUCAUAUGUCGAGCUAUGACCCUGCAGGUGUUCAGAUUUUCUUGGAUACAAGUGAAGGGAUGCCAACGUCGUUUGAGGACAUGGGUUGGUUGCCAGAAAAUGGUCACAACCAAGCCCAAAUUUUCACUAGCUCUGACCCUUCUAAUACCAUUGCUGUGAGGCCAAAUCAUUCUUCAGCAAUACCAGGGACAACAAUAUAUGAAACAUUCACUCAUGAGCGAGGAGGGGGGAACGCCAUAAACGUUCCCAUGGAUCAGAAAAACAAUCAGAUGGGAGGGACAACAGCUGUUCAUCAACAACAUAAUCAACACCAACAUCAUCCUCAUCCUCAUGAUCAGACUGCAGGAGGAGGGAUUGGAGGACUUUCAACAUGGCAUCAGACUUACACUUCUAAUGAGCUUCUCGAUGCUUUUAUGCAAUCUAAUACCACCUCUUAUUCUUCUCUUAUCAAGCACGAAAUGGGAGGGGUACCUGCUGGUGUAGGAGGAGCAAUAUCUGAUAUUGUUACAGGACAGCAAGCAGAAGUGAUUUCUGCAACCAUGGGAUGUGGAGUAAUAGGAGGCGGUGUGGGAGUCGGAUGCAGUGAAGAUGCUUCUGCUGAUCAUUCCACCACCUCUGCAUCAAAUUUUGACCAUAAAAUUCCACAACUUAAUAUGCAAUGAUGCAAAUAUACUCCUAAAUCCUAAUAGUUUCUGUGAUACCCUUGUAUUACGAUUGUUGUAAGCCUUGUAACUUACUGGCCUACUGGCUGUUUCUAAAGGCGCAGCAGCCGUGUGCUUGUGAUUCUUUCCACUUAGUUAAAGCCCCUCCCCCCUCAAAAACAGGUGCAUGAUGCUUGACUAAAUGAUAUACUAGUGGGUAUAUUUAGCAUUUUGCAACUUAAUUGUAUAAAAUCAACAGUUGAAAAACUACCUAUCAAUACUUAAUGUACUUUAAUUAUAAAGGACUUUGUCACGGAUCUUUGA